UAUCAUUUGGGCUACUUUGGGGUUGACUUUGGGCUACAAACGGUAUUCGAACGCCCGGCCACGCGGGCGCUCUCACGCGGCAAGUGACGGUUGACAGUUGAGCGGCGGCGGUGGGAUGGAGCCCGAGCGGAGCCGCGGCCGCAAAGGAGGAGGGGGAGGAGGAGCCGCCGGUCGAGGCUGGGGCCAGGGUCGAGGCCGGGGCCAGGAGCCCCGGGACAGUCACGGUGACAGGCAGCACCACCACCACCAGCAGCAGCAGCACCGGCGGCCCGUAGAGGCUGACCGAGGCUGGAGGGGCACUGCAGGCCGCAGCGGGUCUCGGGGCAAACGGCAGCCCCGGGGCCGUUAUCAGGCCCAACAACUGCUGCAGCAGCAACAGCAGCAGAAGGAGGAUGAAGAUGACGUGGACACUAAAGAGGAAGAAAAUGAGCCAAACAAAUUUUCUAGAAGAAAAAUAGUUUCAAAUUGGGACAAAUACAAGACAAAAGAGAAAGAAGAAGUGGAAGAGUCUGUGCGAGGUGCUGAUUUCAAUGUGCUGCUUAGCUCUGCAGGUGAUUCGUUUGCACAGUUCCGCUUUGCUGAGGAGAAGGAAUGGGAAGUGGAUAUCGCCUCUAAUAAACAGAUGUCACCUUUGUUUGUAGACUGUCAGGCACUGGCUCAGUCCCUUCAGGAACUCCCCAUCUCCCUCAGACUGAAUCUGGAAGCUGAGUUAGUUCAGAUAACUCCUGCUGAAAUUCCUCAGAUCAGAUUGAAAAGUAAACAUGAUGGCCUCAGCAAGUUCAGUCAGUUCGGUGUUCCAACAGCCACUUUAGGGACUGUACCUAGUCCACCUACUGCUGUAGGCACCUUCUCUGCCAUAUCUGUGCCUGAUAAUUUAGACACACAGACCCCCAACUUUACACUCAACCUUGAAAAAAAAUCACCUAAGAAUAUUUUGCUUGGAUCUCAUCAAGCUGCCGAUAAACUGGAUGAGGAGCUGGAUUUUUUACUGAGCUUAGAAAAUCCAGCUGCAAAAAACAUUCAAGAUUGCUUGAAGGAAACUACAAGUCAAGAUGAAGUAAUCCAACAUAAUGCUGCAGCUGAGUCUUCCAGUACAGAAGUGAUAGAUAAUAGAGAUCCACAUACAGCAGAAGUAGAGGAAACCGAGGACAAGAAGCUUGCUGCUGAGGAGGACCUGGAAGAUUGGCUGGACAGUAUGAUAUCUUGAUACAAAAGGGAAGAUUUUCCAAGUAUAUGACUGGACUGAAUAUCCACAGUGCCACCAGAUUCUAUAAAACUAUGGAUAUACAUCAAUAUAUGGAAAAUGAUGGGGUAAGGUGGUUGCUUGGUUCAUGUUGCUGAUCACUGCUAUACAGUAAACAGUAUUAUGACAGCUGUUCAUCUUCCACUCACUGAUUCAUGAUUGCUUGUUAUCACUAACUGCUAAGGAAUUUGCACAGAUUUAUCUAAGAUUUAUCCUUCUGUCAUAACAGUGUUCUUAAAUGAUUGUGCAAAUCUGGUCAUCUGAUUGAAUGGUUAAGAUUAAAUAUUCUGAUGAAGUGUUCCAAAUGUGGAAAAAAGGACAUUUGUCUAAAAUGAUGGGAAUUACACAGCAUGUUUUUGGGGAAAAAAAUAACAUUUGUAAUGCAAAAUAUUCUCACUAUGGAGCAGCUAAUAGAGGACAGACAUCGAUAAUCCAGGGAACUGAUCUUUUCAGACAGUAGUUUGAAAUGAAAAAAAUAGGAAUUGAAAGUUGUUCUUAAAGAGAGAAUCUAAUUUUCUUACCUUCAACAAUAUAACAAACUGUGGACAAAUGCUACCUAGCAACUGCCUCCUCAAUAAAACACUUUUGUGUUUAAUAACCUUGGUUGGCUUUCAGUGACGGGGAUAAAAAUAUUCUGUCUUCAUUUCCAAAGCAACAUUUUGCUGUAGCUUUAAAUCUGAUUCAGUGUUGGCUACUAAACAACAUGUUGUUGGCCAGCAGUUGACUCUGCAGGUUCCAAUGAUGCAUGAUCUCACAUGCUUACAUAUUUGGAGCAAACCUGUGCAAUAAGGAGUACAUGAGGAAGAUUACUGUACUUAAAUUGCUUUAUUUGAAAACAGUGUAUUGCAUUAGCAGUCAGUCAACAUUAGUGAACCAAGUUGUUGUUCAGUAUUUGAAUUUUACGAAAGCUUUCAGGUAAGGUGAUAUUUGAAAUAGAAGCUUUUGGAUGGUGACUAUUUAUUCGAAGGAAAGAAUGGUACAUGGUGGCCAAGCCAAAACAUAAUUUGUGGCCAUAUUUAAUGGAGAUUAACACUGAAGUAAUGGAAGUUGACUAUGAAGUAAGGUAGCAUUUCAUAAUUUUCACAAUAUUAAACACUAUCCAGUAAAUUUAGUUAUUUUAAAAGCUUGGCUGCUGCUGUGGCAGGCACAAUGAGACCCUGAUUAAUGUUGUACAGCACACAAUAAGACUUUACAAUCGAACAAAUUCUAAGGUAGCUUUUUUGAAGAGCAUCUUGGUAAACAGACCAUACAUUGUGUUGCAUAGCUCAGUCAACAGGAAAGUAAGGCACAAUUGUUUUGGCACUUUCUUGCAGUUAAACAGCCCUUUUGUUUUUGUGACUCUUUUAAUAGUGAUUUUCAAUGGCAAUCAGGAGGCACAGAAAAGACCACUUAAAUGUAUGUCUUAAUGCUUUCAGUUCUUAUAGACAUGGUAGUUAGGACACCUAAAGGUGAAUGUCAGUCUGUGUUUUAAGACAGUUGAAUUUUGAACACUUACUAUUUCUCAGAAUGAGAUAAUUGUCAGUUCUAUUUAUUGUCCAUUAUACAGUUAUGCAAAACUCAAGGUUUAGAUUUGAAAAGAGUUUUCUGAUUUAACCAAGUUGAUCCUCAUACUGUUUACGGAAACAGUCUCCAGCAGGGAAGAAGUCCCAACAACGCUCCUGGUACAUUUUCCACACAAACGACUCCUGAAAUACAUGAAGGUAUUAUUUGUUAUCAGUUAUAUUAGUAGUUGGAUCCUAGCAGACAUCCAUAUUAUUUAACUUUACCACUUAUUGCUUUGAAGAAGACUUCAUUCUCACUAUGAAAUGUGACAGUAGACAAGGGUUAUGAAACAGCCUGGGUAACAGCUUGAAAAAAUACUGGCUCUAUUAUAGGACUUUGUUGCUCACCUGACCAGUGUGUUCAGUUUCAUCUUUGUUUACAAGGUACAUCAGGAAGAACCUGAAACAUAAGAAAUGACUGGUAACUGAAGAGGAAUGUUGUUUCUCUUCCCCACCCCUAAUGAUUUAAAAUAUCAAUACACAUCAUGGCAAAGUUGCUUAAUAUACUGUGGUGCUUGAACUUGAUUGUUAACCUGAGUACAAUCUCUGUGAUUGACGCUGUAAUUGGGAUGUCAAGUAGACUUUUAGUGAUUGAUGUAGCCUUGUCGAGCAAACAAACAUGAGUUGCAGUCCCUGAUGUGUUCAGAUGUGAACUACCAUUAAAGUUAAAAUUGUGACUGCUUCUGGCAGACUAUCAAGA